AAGUUUGUUCACAGUGACGCGAUGCUGUGGUUUGGUAUAAAAGACAAACAGAAAAGACAUUAUUUUAAUAAAGCACAAAUGAUGAAAAAACAACUAAAAUAAUAAAAAUGAACCUGGUGGUGUUCAAUACAACCACAGUUUAGCUACUGUACCUAACAUGCUCUGAAACAUUCCAUUCAUGUAUUUCUUUAAUUUUACUGUAUGAUUUUUCCUCCUCAGUGUAAAAUACAAGGACUUUUAUGUAUUAUUAAAAAUAAUUCAGGUUACAAAGUCAAUCCAAUGCAGCAGAACACAUUUGUUCAUUGGUUUCACAAAGAAGAAAACAGUCUUUCUUUUCAGCAACAGCUGCCAAAUGUGGCACAUCCAGUAAUUCCACAUUCAGGACCUAAACUGCACCACCCAGAAAAUCAAAGACAUCAUUUAACUUCUCAGAAAACAAGAGGGGGGAGGAAAACUGGGAGAGAAUAACUAACAGCAGAAUUAGAAUGUCAAAUGGAAAGCCCCCUUGUGGUUAGAAAGAGAAACGUGAAAGAAAAAAAAUCAGCACUGUACACAAACUUCCUGUUUGUCAUGAAACAUCAGGAAGUCGUCCUUGUCUUCUGACGGUGACAUUUAACCCGUCCACGUCUGACACGACCCUUGAUUUAUCUAUAAUUAUCUGUGAAGGUGGAGCUGAAGAUGGUCCAGAAGUUUGAGGUGGAGGUGACAUCUGCCUAAUUCACUUGAAAUAAAACGAAAAAUGUAUCAAAAGCUUCAGUGUGGCCCUUAUUUCUACCGUUUAUUCUGCAUCAACUCGCGAGACAACUCGUUUCUACGUCUCAAACAACAACUCCCAUGAUUCAUUGCGGUAGGUUGUCAAGUGUAAGCGAUAGUCCAAGUGAGUUCGUGUCCUUAAAAUGUUUAUUAAUCGUUCGAUAGAAGUCCAACAUUUCCAAAUGAGAAUAAGGAAAUGUUACCAAUCUUAACUUGGUGUCUGGAGACUAAUUGGAAGUAGGAAUUAUGCGUGACGUGACGAGACGAAACAGAUUUUCAAAACCACUGAAAACUGACCUGCUAAUGACGCUACUGGGCUAACAGAGAUAAACACGGGGCUUUUUAGAGAGGAAAUAAUGGAUGAAAUACAGACGGUUCCUCCUCCACCUCCUUCACAUCGUCCUCCUGCUAGUGCUACUGCGGUUCUAGCAGAGGAGCUGCCCUCCGUCUUGUGGGGACUGGACCCGGUUUUCAGCGCCUUUCCCAGGCUGUAUGUCAGAGACAUCCAGGACAUGCCUGAGUCCAUUCAGGUGCCAGGAAUUUACUUCUACAACUCACACCCAGUCUACAGAGUGGACGUACUUGGGAAAGUAGUUUAUAAGAGAGAAAGAGAAGACUUCUUCUGUUAUGGAGUGGAUGAUGGGACUGGUGUUAUAAACUGUCUCUGCUGGAAAAAUGAGCUGUUGAAAGGAGGGGAGGAUCCUCACACACCUGCAGGAAAACAUCAUGUUGCAGAUUACGGAGGCUUCAACCCAGUGUCUGAGAUGGAGAAACUGAGACGGGCCCAACAUAACCGGUGUCGCUUAGAGAUUGGAGAACUGCUCCGUGUUAGAGGACUGGUCAAGACGUCAAGAGACAAACAGAGAGAAAUCCUGGCCUCCUCCUACUAUAAGGUGAACGACCCAGUGAUGUCGGUGCAGAUAGCGUGGAUGAUGGAGGUUCCUGAACUGUACAGACAGUGCUAUGACAAACCACUGCAGCUGCCACAAGGUGCAACAGGCAACUCAACGUCCACUGCUCUCAACAAAGCCAAAGGUAUUAUCCUGGAUUUCUGCGAGGAGAAGUCAGUGAACAGGUUCAGGCCCUACGAUUUGCAGAACAUCCUACAGCCUCUGGUGUCCAGCCAGCUCCAGACAACAGCUGCUGACCAGCAGCCUGUGGCCGGUCCAUCUGCCUGUCAGCAGCUAUGUCAGCUUCUGAAAGAAGCCUUGGACACUUUGGAGAAAGAAGGUUUCAUAUACCGCAAAGUGAAGUCCCAGGAUCAGGUGUACAAUGUGACCACGCAGGACAAGGAUCUGCUCAUAGCUGUAAAAUGUAUCAUCAGAGAAGAUUCGGCAAAAGACAAGUAUGCAGUCAAAGGCUGUCACAUCCUGCACAUCCUGUCUGCAGUCAGGCAGCGUUACAGCCUGAACGUGAGCCGAGCUGCUCUGGAGCGCCUCCUCAGUUUUUUGGAGUGUAGCAGUGACAUCAUCAGCACUGGUGAAAACCGUUACACCGUCUUUUAACCUUUAUGACCACGGCACCGUCAGGAACACUGAUACAGUGUGCUGCAGACAUCUUAUGCUAUCCUGGCUCAACACUCCUGCAGCUCUGACUGUCGGCAGCAGUGGGGCCCAGCUUCCUGUGCAGCUCUUUACUGACACCUAAUGGAGAGCCUGCAUAGUUUGACAUAAAAAGAUAGGAUUUCUCAAAUACUGUAAGUACAGCAACCAGUUUUUCUGACACAUUUAUUUGACUUUGUCACAAUUUGUUAAUAAAUAACUGUGGGAAAACAAUUGUGUUCAUGUAUGAAUGAGCUAAAAAAAACCCAUGCAGCCUUUUUACCAGGUUUAGCCCAAUCAAUUACAACAGUUAUUAUCAAAUGCCCCCCCCCACGCUGAAUCUAAACGAUUCCAAUCCGCCCCGCGACUUGAUUCCAAAAUAAACAUCAAAUAAUAGACAAACAUGAAUGUCCUAUCCUCAUGGUGUCUGUCCCCAAAAAGUCUGGUCCUCUGACAGAUAUAGUUGGUAACCCUGUCUUACAGCCUGAUAAGGAAAAUUCUCUCUCUCUGUUCAAUAUGUUUAAAUUAUAUAUUUCUUCUAAAUAAAAUGUCUAUUUCCCAGUAGGAUUUAUGACAGGCUACUACGAGCAGCAGAUUAUUUGUUUUCCUUCUUUUCAAAAUGACAGGAGGGUCUCACAACGGUUGGUCUGACAUGAUGGGGGGGUGGGGGGGGCACUGUUUCUCUAGCCAAUUCAUUGGAUGGCCAAAAUUGACAGGCUGUGUAUUUGAGACCUCAUUUUGAGAAGCUGGAGGGUAAACAAAAUAUCAGACUGUCAGUGUGGUCCAGUUAUCAUCUUCUAGUUGACCUUUGUGAUAAUAAACUUUAUUGAUUUGAUAGUGA